UUUCGAGAUACGACAGAACAAAAUGGAAGAAGGUCGGUUAAGCGCUGAAUCGAAUGUCUACCAUCAGACGCCUUCGAGCCUGAGAAUAGUUUUCGAGUAAGCUCAUUUAUGGCUGCGAGUUGUUUGAGUUAAAGUUGAAAACUUCUCUGCAAUUCCCGUUAAAUUGGGAAAAUAACUUAAACAUUUCCUGUGAAGUCUUAUGGAGUCUGUGAGAAUGACAUAAGGAUGGGAUGGGGAGUCGUCGAAAGUGGCUUCGGCCCUGCAGGCUGAUUUCCCUCGCCGCACUGCCCUGUCAGGAUGCACAUAGCCUCGGUGGGCGUCAGUAAGGUCUGCUUUUUGUUUUCCCUUUCACUUUGUGGUCUUCUGCUGCUGCUCAUCCCAGCCCUUCAGCCCAAGGCUCACCAAGUGGACCUGCCACAGCCGCGACCGCAGGUUAAGACCUCACCAAACACUUUGCAGCACAGCACCGGGAGCCCUGCUCGGGGUGCAGGUUUGACCACAGUGUUGAAUACAAACACAGAAAAGCUGGGUGCCGCCAUCAAGGCUGAACAUGGAAAUGACUACAGGGAGAUAUACUCUGAAGAAAACUCCAAUACAGUUUCCAUCCCUGAAGGACAAGACAGUAUUUUCCCAGGUUUUACAUCACAUGACCUAUUGGAGUUAAAGGACAUUUUUAUUGCUGUGAAGACUACCAGGAAGUACCACAAGUCCAGACUGGAGCUGCUUAUUCAAACCUGGAUAUCACAGGCUAAAGAACAGACCUACAUAUUCACAGACGGUGAUGACAAAGAGCUGCGGAUAAGAACAGGCGCAAACAUCAUCAACACUAACUGCUCAGCGGCUCACACUCGACAGGCUUUGUGCUGCAAGAUGUCUGUUGAGUAUGACAAAUUCAUUGAGUCUAAGAAAAAGUGGUUCUGCCAUGUGGAUGAUGACAACUAUGUGAUCCUGCCCAGCCUUUUGCGGCUACUCUCUUCUUACCAUCACAGCCAGGAUGUUUACCUCGGUCGCCCCAGUCUCGAUCACCCCAUAGAAGCUGCAGAGAGAGUGAAGACUGAUGGUUUGAUGUCAGUCAAGUUCUGGUUUGCAACAGGUGGCGCAGGUUUCUGUAUCAGCCGAGGUCUGGGUCUCAAAAUGAGCCCAUGGGCCAGUUUGGGGAAUUUCAUCAGUACAGCGGAGAAGAUCCGCCUCCCAGACGAUUGCACCAUUGGCUACAUUAUUGAAGCUUUGCUAGAGGUCACUUUAAUACACACGCACCUCUUCCACUCACACCUGGAGAAUCUCCAGAAGCUUCCCACAAACAAUGUUUUGGAGCAGGUGACACUCAGCUAUGGAGGCUAUGAGAACAGACGGAAUGUGGUCAGCAUUGUUGCAGGCUUUUCGUUGGUUGAAGACCCAACAAGGUUUAAAACGGUUCACUGCCUUCUUUAUCCUGAGACUGACUGGUGUCCAAAGCUCAAACGUCGACCGAAAAACUGAAGUCCAUCUUUCAUCCAGUUGCUUUUACAACCCGCAAAGUCACCAUGCGUUGUUUGAAUCGAGCUAACUUAUUCCCAACUGACGCUUGCCUUCAAGUCCUACCUCAUGAGUGUUUGUCUCACCAAUUUGAACCAUACUUGGGAUUCGCCCUAUUUCGCCUUGCUUUUGUGCUUUGACCUGUCUGCUUGUGCCAUCAUUUGUUCACAGUUAUAUUUUUGCAAUUCUCCUGAUAUAUCUAGUCUUAGUCUUUCCAUUGUGCAAGAUGGCUGUCAUUUAUGCAUGAAGCAAUCACAUUAAUUAAAUGAAGCCUCUGUAUUAUAUAUGUGUGAAUGUACUUGCGAGUGUGCUGUAGGUUUUGACUCUUCUGAAUUUGAUAAGUGAGUAUGUGUGUCUUGGGUAUGAUUUUGUGCAUUAUAAUAUAUAUAUAUAUAUAUAUAUAUAUAUAUAUAUAUAUAUAUAUAUAUAUAUAUAUAUAUAUACUUGCUUUUCAUUUAUUUUAUAAAAGUUGACGGUUGUCAUAGCUGGCGUGAUAAUCAUGACUACAGCUAUGGCGCGACUUGCGCAUGUGUUCGUGUUGCAUUGUUACCAAACAAUUAUGUAGAGUGUUUUUUUUGCACUAUUUUGUCUUUUCUUACAUCUGAAUUGUUCACCCUAUUGUGUGUAAACGUGUCUUGAUUGAGCGAGAUUGUAGUCCUGGUUCUGCAAGGGUCAUAAUUUGUAGAGGUACCAUUCAGUAGUACAAAGUGAAAAUGGGUGAAGGCGAGCCAAAUAUGUUCUCUACUAUUUUGUUACUAAAUAAUAAUUAUUAACUACUUGAUUUGGGUGCCGUGUUUUUACAGAUCGUUAUGGUUUUCAAAUAAUUAUCAUCAUAACCUUGACACUUGCCAACUAUCUGUUUUAUAGAUUUCAGACUAGUUUGUCGCUUUUACUCUUUAUUACCAAAGUUCUCAGUGAAAACUGUAUUAAAUUGUAAAACGGCUAAAUAUAUCCACCAAUAUUGGUGUGUUUUUUAAACUUUAAACCAAAGUUUAGUGUAAUGGUUGUUAGAAAUCCCUACUAACCAUGUUGUAGAAUGGAACACUAUUUCAUCAAACAUUUCAUCUUCUUUACUAAUCAGGUUUUCCAGUUUUCUUGAAAAUUUGGCUUUGCCCACCCAUUUUUUUCUGUGUUGCACAGAACCCCAAAUCCAAAUGAUACAUCACUGCAGGUCAGUGUUUGGGACUGCAAUGUCUACGCCCUUUCUCAAUUGUUUGCCGUGUGUUUUAGUAAAAAAUAAAUAAUGCCUGUGUAAUUCUGUGAA